AUGGCGACGUCGUCCCCGCCGCCGCCCCGCGUGUGCGUCACCGGCGGCAACGGGUUCAUAGGCUCGUGGCUCGUCAAGCUGCUCCUCUCCCGCGGCUACGCCGUCCACGCCACCGUCCGCGACCCACGUGAUCCGAAGAACGCGUUCCUGACGGAGCUGGACGGAGCCCCGGCGAACCUGCGGCUGUUCAAGGCGGACAUGCUCGACUACGAGACGGUGGCGGCCGCGUUCGCCGGCUGCGAGGGCGUGUUCCAUGUCGCCACUCCAGUGCCCGACCAAAAGAUGGUUGAUCCACAGAAAGAGAUGAUGGAACCUGCUGUCAAGGGCACCAUGAAUGUGCUCAAGGCUUGCUCAGCUACGAAAGUUCAUAAACUCAUCGUGGUCUCGUCCAUCGCCACUAGUUGCUUCAACCCGGAUUGGCCUCGAGAUAAAAUCAAAGAUGAGACCUGCUGGUCAGACAAGGAGUUCUGCAGACAGACUGAGAACUGGUAUUCUCUUGCAAAGACUGAAGCCGAGGAGAUGGCCCUGGAAUACGGAGAGAAGAACGGGUUGCACGUCGUUACAUUUUGCCCUGGUCUGGUUUUCGGCCCUCUGUUGCAGCAUGUGGCGGUCAAUACCAGCAGCAAGGUCCUCGUCUACAUGAUAAAAGGAGGCCCCGACACGAUGAACAACAAGUUCUUUCCCAUAGUAGACGUUCGUGAUAUCGCCGACGCAUUGCUCCUGUUGUACAACAAGGCAGGGUCAUCUGAGAGAUACAUAUGCUCACUGGACCAAAUGGACCUAAAGGAUUUGCUGGCAAUCAUGAAGAACAUCUACCCUAGCUACACUUAUGUAGGCAAGAUGGUUGAUGUGGAUUUUAACGUUGGAGUCACUUCGGAAAAGCUGAAGAAUUUAGGGUGGAAACCAAGGAUGUUGGAGGAGACACUCGCGGAUAGUAUCGAAUCCUACGAAAAAGCAGGGCUUCUUGGGGUUUCAGAUGACGAACCAUGCCGGCUUCCAUUCAUCUACCGAAUGCCGCCUAUCCAGGAAUGA